AUGUCACAAGCAAUAGCAAACGCCUAUGGAUAUAAUCCAUCACCUCAACGAGUACCCGCACAUAAUAGAAACUCGAUCCUAGAUUCUGCUAAACGGAUGGCAGAAAUCCAAGUAUCAAGUUUUAUAUUCUGUGAUUUAAAAGCAUUAUAUGACCUGGGUUUACCCUCAUACAUCGAUCUGACAUACACCGAGCUAGACGUCGUCGGUUACGAAUUAUACCUAGUGGAACAAUGGAUUGCGGAACGUCGACUUUCGUCUACAAUCACUUCAUUCACAGGAAAUACGCAGGAUGUUAUUAGAGCUGUUCAAGUAUUACUACCAACAGAUCCGUCAUUAUGGCCAGGACAAUUUAAACAAUAUCACCAAGAAUUAUUGUCUUUCUCACAACCGAAAAAACUGGGAGAUGGCAGUAGUAGUAUGUUUAUUACUAAUUUGACUACUAUACCAUCAAGUCUUAAUAUUUUACAUGUGGAGACUGGUGAUAUACGAUCCGUUUGGCCAAAUUUUAAAAUUAACUUUAAUUUGAAACUGUUACAUUGUGCUGGUAGAUCCUCCUUAUUAUUAUCAUAUCCAGCAAAAUCUGCCGUACAGAAAUUUUUACAAUUAUAUAAAUUCCAAACAAAGGCUAAAGAAAACUCGAAUAAUAGUAACAAUAAUCACAAUAAUAAAUCUAAUAACGAUGGUACCACUAAUAAUAAUACGAGUACUAGCAAUAAAGACAUAAACGCACAAAUAUUGGCCAGUCAGCCUGAUAAUUAUCAAUAUAACACUGCUCCGGCUAGAGGUGUUACCAUUCAAAACAACGAAGCUAUUGCCAUCACUCAGGAAAGUUAUGAAGUGGUGUAUAUGGUUGAUUUGAUUCACAUCUCCUUAGUAUAUUUCAAUUUUUAUUCAGGCAAUAUCGAUGGUUUGAUUUGUAAAGGAACGACAUUCUCCAUUGAAAAAUGGUGGCUACAUUAUGGAAAACAGUAUUUAGGGAUAGAAAGACCCAAAAAUGAACCAGCAUUAGGUCCAACUAGCGUGGCUGGGAUACUCAGUCUAGUAUUAAGUUGUUAUUUUAAAUUGGUAUUGGAAGAUUGUAUGAACAGUAAGGAUCCCUUUGAUAAAGAAGAAUUUGGUAAUGCUGUUCGUUUAUUUCAAAGAAAAUAUAAUUUAGCUGGUAAUCCAGUUGUGACAGGGAAAUUGGAUGUUGUUACAGUAGAAAAAUUGUUUGAAGUAACACAAAAAUAUUCACAUCAUGAUAUUAUUAAAUUUAAAAAAAUAGUGAAAUCAAGAGUUCAAGAUUUAACAGGGAAAGGGAACCCUAUCACUUUGUCCAACGAAAUUCUUACUACGGAAUUGGAUUCAUUGGUCAGUAAUAUACAUGGUGGGACAUUGGGUCUAUUAUGGAAAGGGAAAGGGAAAUCAAAGACAGUAAUGCUAUUCGAUAAUCACAUGUCCAACUUCUAUAAUUUCAAAUUCGAAAAGGGUAAUCCAAAGAAACAACUAAUGAUUCAAAGUGAAUUGAAGAAGAAACAAAUUGAAGAAGAUAUUCAAAGAAAAUUGAAAAAAAAAAAAUCCAGAACCUCUAAAAAAUUUGACAUUAAUGACUUUGUAGAGAGUAGAGAAUUACCAAUAGAUAUGGAAGAAACAGAUGGUAUGGAGAGUACAUCUUCUUCUUCAGAAUAUAAUCAUACAGUGUCUUCGAUGUUUUGUAAUUAUGAUAAAUCAAAAUAUGCCAACAAUCUUGAUUUGAACAAAUUACAUUUUGAUGAAUACAAUAGAAGAAACUCGUUCCCAAGGGUAAAUGAUUUGAUGCAUGAAGAUCUAUUCCAGGACUUAAAUGGGGUCAUUAGCAAGGCUCGUAAACUAUACAGAUCGUCAUCGUAUUCAGAUGUUAGCAAAGCCGUAGAAAGAUGGGAUUUACCAUUUGAUGCAUCUGUGGUGAAAGUGGCUAGAAAUCUACGACUCAUAGAGACUCGUUUGGCAACGAAACAAAGAAUUGAUGAAAUGCAAGAGAGUAUUUUCGCUCCUCAUUCCGACGAUUUUGAUGAUCACGAAGCGGAAGAGAAAUUUAAGAACUUAAAGGAACAAUUACAAUUAAAUCACGACAAAUACGCUAGCCAUUCUAUUAAAUUUGAGAGAAACGCAAGUAUGCUAGAAAAUAAACAGAAUUUAUUAUACACCGAGAUUAACGAAAUCAAUUCACUAACAUCGAAGUUGAAAUAUGAUGUAAGACUGUUGGAGUUUAGAAUGAGAGAUGUGGAAGACAGUAUCAAACAAUUUGACUCUAGACUAGCAAAUGUUAAGAGAGCACUAGUAGAACAAAAUAGUGAUGUCGCUACUGCUCUAAAAUGUGUAUCUGACGAAACUAAAUUUGACUGUUGUCUAGAGAAUAUGAAGAACAAUAAGGGUGAGUGCUAUAAAGGUAUUUGUAUCAAAGUAAUGGAUGCAGGCUUAUUUGCGGAACUGAAAAAGGACAUCAUGGGGUGGGUUAAUUACCUAUUCUCAAACUUUACAACACAUAGCGAAGACUAUAAAAACAUUCAGGCAAAGAAUACAGCAACAGAUUUUCCUAUUUAG